AUGAAUAUAGUAAAGACGGCGCUUGAACUCGUCUCGUCUGAGAAUCGUGGUUCUAAAUCUAUCAGCGGGGGUAGGCAGGUCUUAUCCGACAGUUCAUCAAAUGUACGUGACGAUAAUAACUCGACGAGUACACGGAAUGAGCAAAGUGGCACUGGGAUGGAAUUGCUUGCGCAUACAGCAGCUACUCGAUCUGCCAAAUAUCCAUCGGCACAGCAACCGUGGCUCACUAAUCAGCAAUCGCAACAUCAUCCGCUGAUUGAUCCUUCAACGUCUACGGUUAGUGAGUCAACACCAUCCUCGUCCUACACUCAUUAUCCUUCUCCUCAACAUCAACAGUUUCGAAGAGAUGCACCUAAUCUAUUAUUGAAUACUUCUCCGACAUCAACGAUUCAACAUCAGUCGCAAUCUUCAAUAUCUCAAACUGAUUCUCAGACACUUUCAUCGCCAAGUGAAUCUACGUUGAUGAAUCGAUCAAAUCUCCGGCAACUCCUCCCAAAAGUCCCACUACUGACAACAAAAACACGUUCAAAACCGGACGUAUUACAUUAUUACGAGAUAACUGCACUUGUCGAAUACAAACCCCAAGGAUACGACGAGUGGGGGGAAAUUGGCGAUGUGGAUACUAUUCCGAUAUUGGAUACGUGUUCUUUACUAAGAAAGGAGAGAAUAUUGGUACGGAAUGCGAAAUUUGUGGUUCCCUGGGGAUGGAGAUCGACAGUUUAG